CUCUCGCUCUCUCUCUGGCCUGUGUGUGCAGCAGCAGAGAGAUCAGUGAGAUCAGUGUCUACCACAGUGUCAUCUACAGCUGAGGGUUGCGACAGCGACCAAACACUGCUACCUGCCACCUGCUGACAGCUACAGUGUGGACUUCCAGACUCUGUGGGCACAUCAUGGGUAACUGCACUUCGAGGACAAAGAAGAAAGGGAAAGGUGGAAAAAGCAACACAGAUAACAAGCCUAACGAGGAUGUCACGUAUGCCUCUAUUGACCACAGCACCGCCAAAGGAUCACCUAGAGCCAGAGCUACCACUGAUGAUGAUUGUGACUAUGCAACAGUUAACCUACCAGCAGCGGCACUCCAACCUGAAACUGUGUCCAAGUGCUCGUCUACAGAGGAGAACACAGAUGAUUAUGUUCUCAUGGGGUGAACAGAAACUAGGAAAUCUUAAUUCAGGUUAUUGCAUGAUGCAGGACUCGGGAAUGUGACUGUUAGUCAAAUCGUGAUCUUCAAACUUGAAGAAACUGUGACAAAAUGAAACAAAAAAAACACCCACAGUAGCUGGUUGCGGAAACAAGAAGCCCCCAAGAUGUUUCGCUCCACUUUUGAGGUAACCCCCACCCUGAACAUAACUGUGGUGUUCCUUCCUGAAGAAGAAUAACCCACAUCACGUUUGACGUCUGUACAGAAGAAACUCAACCUCAGGUGGAGGAUCUGUGGCUCUUCAGUCUGAUAUGAAACGCCAUGACAUUAGAACAUUAUUCAGAAUCAGUUAGUCAGAGGAAAAUGAACCUGGUGUUUGGCUUGACGAAUAUUAGCCAAUCAUAAGAACAGCAACCAAACUGUCAAAUCCAACAGCAUCAUAUACACCAAAUUAGUUACACCAUGACGUGAAUGACAACAUUUUAAAGCCACUAUGUAAUGAACUUUUAUAUUAUUACUUUUGAGUGUGCGACACUUGUUUUCUACAAUCAAACUUCUAUAUUACAGCAUCUUUUUUAAAUAAAUCUGAUUGCAUACACGUUAGUUUGCAGGAAAAAUUAGCCAACACAAUUAGUGUAGCCAGUGUGUACUACAAAUAGAUUUCUAAAUUGUCGUUAUGGUAACACAAUACUUGGAAGUAAAUGAAACCGAACUGUACCAAAUUCAUACUACAGGCUCUACACAGUAUGUAGAACGUGCACACUAGGAAAAUGGCAAACUAAAGUCAACUCAAAGCCUGCAGAGUUCUUUCUAUUUUUGAAUGUGCUAUUGAUGGGUCCUACUCUCUGAAAAUGUGUUGCACAGAGGAAAUUAAGCUCACUGCUGAGAAACAGAAAGGAAAUUGUGGGCAGUCUUGAAACAGCUAAAAAUAAAAAUAAGUAAUAAAUCUUAAGAAAAGAAUUUUUGCUUUCUCUCUGAGAGGUUAUUUCGGCUAACUAGCUCUCCAAAGUCACAGUUUAAUUGGCAUUUGAUGUUGCAUGCAUUAUAGUAUGAAAUGGUGAAGUAUACUUCCUUGUCUAGAAGUAAUAUUAAUUUUGGACAGAGCUUUGGUGUUUGGGCUUGAACUUUUUUUGCCAUUCACGCAAGAGGCUUUGUCAGUUUUCUCCAAAACAGUGAGCCCACCAGCUUCUGACAAAGCAAUGUUAGUUUCAACAUGUCACUAUGUGUUAAAUGUUCGUUAAAUGUUUUUUAAUAUAUGAUUUUGUUUGUAGAAAAUUUGCUCUUCAAAAUUAGUGUCUUACUUUCAGCAUUCAAGGGGUGUCUGUGCUACAAAAGUGGUGGAACUGUUUUUCCACCCUGAGAGGAAAAAGCAGCUAUGACACCCUGUAAACAGAAAGAAACACUGACUUUGUAGUCAGGAUGGCUAAUGCAAGCACGCCUGCUGUCACUCUAUGACUCGACGGCAGAUGAUCUUUAUCUGUUUUUGUUGAAACCUUUAACCAAAGUUUCAGUUGCAGAAACCCCACAUUUAUCAGCCUCAACCACCCUUUACUAACAACGCUCAUAUGCCCACAUGUCAUCCCAUCAAUGUUGGAAGAAUAUAAUGUUUAUGGCCUCAACUCAAACCUUCAUCUGCUUCCUGGAGUUCCUCAUUUUGCAAUACCGCUCCUGAGAACUACUGCACACCACCCAAAUAUACUACAAAUAGAUAUUUAAGGCUUGAGAAUUUAUAUUUUUCAUGUUUUGUAUGUGCAUAUAUAUUUGUGUCUAUGCCUGAAUCUACCUACAGGGUUAUUUAUAUGUUUGAGUGGAUGUUAAAUGGUAGGGCAGUGUAAUUUACUGUAAGCGCCUUUGUUUCAUUGUGGCUUCACUUAUCUUUUUUAAUGAUUAAACGUUACUACUUUA